GGAGCAUGGCCUUCGAUUAUGAUAAUGACUUUGUGUCUGACAUUGACCUGGAAUUGAUCAAAGUGCCUGGAGUGAGAAUCGAAAUCAGUGGCGCAAAUCCGCCUCUCCAAUUCACGGGAACCCUUUGCACAGAAUAUCAUCAUGUAGUCAUCUUUGACGAAUUGGGGGAUCUUGCCUUGGAGUCGCGACAGAGAACCCUGGACAUUUUGAAAUUAGAGCACAAUAUUGAACUGCCAUUCAGAAUUUCAUACCAGUUGAUUGACUCAUUAGUCGAAUCCCUAUCACCGCCAGACGCUCACGUUGUUCUUAUUUGUAAGCAUUUUUACACGUACAAAAUAACAUUCCCGACCAGUUCAAAGUGCUCAGACGUGGCCUCUUACAUCAGAGUAAUGAAAGAGAGAAUGAAUACUCAGAUUCAGUUCUUGCCUGCAUUUCAUUAUCAACACCAGUGCGACGAUUUGCAUGCUGGAUGGCAGAUGUUCAGUCUUCUGAGCACUUUGCAGAAAAUGAAUCAGAAUGCCAACAAUAUGCAGUUCAGAAUCUCAGAUCUGAACAAAGGUUUUGGCGUGUGCCUGAGUUACCCCGAACGUAUAAUUGUUCCAGUAACUGUAACUGACGAAGAAUUAGUCCAGUCUUCGAAGUUCAGAGAAGGCGGGCGCUUUCCUGUUGUGUGCUACUAUCACGCGGCCAGGCAAACCACACUAGUAAGAUGUAGUCAGCCUCUAGUAACGGCAAUGAACAGAACAUGUCAUGCCGACCAACGUGUUCUCGCGAUGUCAUCUCCUGCUUUCAAGGCCAGAGUGGCAAAGGAUCCCAAAAUGUCGCCACGUUCCUACAUUGUAGAUACAAGAACACAGGCGGAUGCUUCAAGUGACAAAGUGAGAGGAGGUGGUUACGAAUCAGAAGGAUACACUGACGCGCAGAGGUUCCAUCAUUUUCAAAGACCUCUGGAAAGAGUGUCCAAUUUGUUGGACUCUCUAGUAAAAUUCAUAAAGGCGCUCAAAUCAAACCAUUCAUCAGUGGAGAGUUAUUUGCUUGCUAUAGAAGGAUCAAAGUGGCUGGAACAUGUGCGAAGCCUAAUCACUCAUGCAUGUUUGCUGCAACAGUUGUUGAAUCAAGAGUUCACGUCAGCAGUGGUACAUGGCCUCGAAGGUCGAGAUACCACCUUGUGUAGUACCUCGCUAGCCCAGAUGAUCAUGGAUCCAGAGUGCCGAACCAUUCGAGGUUUUCAGGAGCUGAUCCACCGUGAGUGGAUUCUUGCCGGACAUCAGUUCCAGAACCGACACUCGUCGCUGUUUGUUCAGAACAAAGCCAGGGAUUCCCGAAAAGUGUCAGCCCCUGUCUUUCUCUUGUUCCUAGAUGCAGUAUGGCAAUAUACACGUUGCUUUCCGACACACUUUGAGUUCAACGAAGAGUUUCUAAUAUUUCUUGCUGAAAGCUCCUACGCGGGAAUUUACGGAAACUUCUUGUGCAACAGUGAGCUGGAGAGAGUUUCAAAUGCAGUUUUCUCAAAGACAUUGUCUCUGUGGCAGCACUUGUCAGAUGACAAGAACUGUUCUAGGUUUAAAAACGAGCUAUACGAUCCAAACCGAGUGAGGUCUAUGGUAUUCCCAGUGUCGCCUGAGAGCUUCGUGCCUUGGACUGGCCUUUAUUCAAGGAAGAACGAAAAGAACUUGAAAUUGAUGAUGGAAAAAGCAAAGCAGGCUAAGCGAAUGAACAAAAAGUUAGUGAUCCAAGCCAGUUUAUUGCAACAAGAAAAGAUGAAAUUAUUACUGAAAAUUCAUGAAAAAAUGGGAGACUGUUAGAUAUGUCUCGCCUGUUUUACUGGUUUUGAAAUGAAAUCGGCGAGUUUGCCUUGGGCUGAAAUACCUUUACAUUUUGCUCUUGCGAUGAGUGAUUCGAGUUUCUGGGUGCUAUUUACAUUCUUUAUUUAAUUAAAUCAAUGUUCUUUUGCCUAACUGAUUAGUUGAUAAUUAAUUGAAUUUCCUUGUGUCAAAAGAGUUUAGAUUUAGUUUCUAA